UUAAAAUGACAUUAACGGUCGACAUUUAAUUUAAUGUAGAAUGAAACCAAGAAACAAACAAACAAAAAAUAUGCUGAUUCUGAAAGAAAAGGAUUCUACAUUCUCCUCCCUCUAUGCGAUGGAGCUUUUCAAUCACUUUCCAUCUUGAAAUAUACCAGCCAUAAUUCAGGAAUACCUAUCAAGAUGUAAAGAUAAGCGAACUCGAGAACCAGAUUCGAAAUAGUUUCUUUUUCUUUUUUUCUAUAGUACUCCCAACUCCCAAGUGUUUUUUUUUUUUCAACCAAUUGGUACGAGUGUAUGACCAUUUGAUCAAAUAUCACAAGCUCCUUGUCUACCACGUUCUGUGUUAUGUUGAGUCUUGACCAAAUCCACCACAUGAUUAGAAGUUCUCUGAAGUCUAAACAUUGCCCGGUUAGGUCUUUCAUCUAAACUUCCCUACUUCCUUAAUCUAAAUAUUCAACCCUCGUACCAACCAUCUGAUCGACAUAGCUAGUAUUAGCACACCCCAAUCUGAUGGCUGUCAAACAUAGACCCCACAAGGGGCUUCUCAUUGGACCCUCUCGGCUCUUCCUAUUAGGCUAACACCCAUUUCAGUGGACGAGGAAUCGCACCCAACUCCUUGGCUGUCCAAAUUCCUCUUAGGCUGACACACCCCUUUUGGUUUCAGGGUCUCCCUGCAUGACACGUUACUUCAAAGUUCAAACAUACUCCCUGUAAUAUCAGCGCAGAAAGAGUUGCUGGGUGAUCCUACUGUUGGCUGUCAAACGUUGUCAGCCAAAUCUCUCGCAGGACUGAGGAGGGAAUUUUAUGUCCUUUUACAACAUGACAACAGAGUUGACCCUAGCCAGUCCAAGCUGGUAUACCAACAUGCGACCUCCACCAUGCAAGAUGCAUUCACCAGGGUCACACAAUCACGGAAUAAAUCUACAGCAUCAACAGCCAAUAGAUGAUGGAUCCUCAUUCCUCUCAAUUACAAAUGAACCAACCAACCAACCCCCUUUACUCUCUCUCUCUCUCUCUCUCUCUCUAUAAAUCCUCAAUACCACCUCUACUUCAUUUCCCACCCAGGCUACAACGUUUAGACUUGUGUUUCUUUUAUUUGUUCUCCCCUUCUUCAUCUUUGCUGUUCUGCCAAUUGCCACCCCACCCCUCCCCAUCUUCUCCUCGAGGUUACUACUUACUACACUAGCCAUGUUAGAAGGCAAGGCUGUUAUUGGCGAUACGGAUAUGCUCCAAACCAUGCAGCAGGACGCCCUCGGCCUAGCUGCAAAGGCUCUCGACGUCUUCGAUGUCACCGAUUCCACUGAGAUUGCUCGCUUCAUAAAAAUGGAAUUUGAUCGGUCAUAUGGACUCGGUUGGCAAUGCAUCGUGGGAACAGAUUUCGGUUCGUUCGUGACUCACUCCCAUGGCUGCUUUAUCUACUUCUGCAUUGGGAACCUUGCCAUCUUGCUCUUUAGGGGUGCAGCGGAGCCAGAAUUAGAAGCAAAUCAGAUGGUAUCCCUGGACGCUGUGAUGGCAUGAACUUUCUUUUUCCUUUUCUCUCUUUAUAUGGGUUUGCCGCAUGGACAACCACGGUUGAGGCAUGGGACCUCUCUUCUUAUUCAUGGAUUUACUGUGUUAAGGGAUACAGUAUCAUCAGUGUUUGCAAUGACAUUUGGCAUUUCCCCA